UUGUUAUAUUCACAUUGAUGGAAUUUUGCAAAAAUAAGUGAAAAUAAUAUAAUGGAUAAAGUUAAUUUUACCGUCGUAAAGAAAAUCAUAAAAGAACGUAAAUUAGCGGAAAGUGCAGAUCAAAUUGUGUCACCAUUAGCAAAGUACGAUUCUAAAGGAAAUCUCAUUUGUAUAAUAUGCAAGAACAUAAUUAAAUCGGUGGCCAUUUGGAAGGUUCAUAUACACUCAAAGCUACAUAAAUCCAAUCUUGAAGAAGCAAAAAAAUUUAAUGUUAAAAAGCAAAUAUUAGAUAAAUCUUUGAAGAAGAAAAUAAGUCAUGUGAUUGGUUUACAAACAUCUUUAAAUUCGAGAAAAUUUUCCAAGGAAAAUAUAUCUACUGGUAUGAAAUUAACUCACAAUCAGAAUAUAGGUACUUCAAUUAUUCAAGAAUCUUCUGAUUUGCUGCCAGAGAUGUUUUUUGACGACCCCAUUGUUGAUGCAAAAAUCCGACAUGUAGAAUAUAAAAAUGUUCAAGAUGAUGAAUGGGAAAGAUUUCAGCGCGAAAUUAAAGAAGAAUCAAUGGCAUCUAAUGAAUUAAUAUCUGGAGAACAAAUAAAUUCAGCAGUUGAGAGAGAAAUAACCGAAAUCAGUGAACAAAUUCAUCAGUGGUCUAAAGUUAUAGAUCUAGAAAAUAAACUGCAUAAAAUCGUUAAAAUAGAAAAACAAAAUGACCACGAAGAAACUGAUGAAGAAAUAUCUGACGAUGAAUUUAUUAAUGAAAAUCUAGACUGGAGAUCCAAAAAAAUUUUUUAAUACAUGUUGUAUGUAUUUAUUAGAGUCGUCUCAAAAUUAAGUUGUUUUUGCUCAAAAUUACUAAGAAUGAAAACAUACCACGCUGAAUAUCUUAUCUAAAUUAUAUCAUCUGAUAAUUGGAACAUGAAACUAUGGCUGACUUCAUAAACGCAAUUUGCAAAGCAACACUGCAAUGCAUAGUGUUCAUAAACUCAAUAGAUUUUGUUUGGACAAUGUCGCAAGUUCAUUAUUGCAUGACAAUGCUUUUUGUAUUUAUGCGUUCAUAAAUGUACUAAAAUGUCAUUGCAUAUUUUGAUAAAGCUGUAUUACCAUAAAGUAUUGAUUUGCCUUGUACACAAUUUUCUUUGCAGUGUUAGUUUGCAAACUGCGUUUAUGAAGUCAGCCUAUGUUUUGACGAUCCCAGAAGAUACAUACAUACAUUUUCUCAUAUUAAUUUGUGUAUUUUGAUUUUUGACAAUAACUCAAUUAUUUUAUAAUAUAACAAGAGCUAAUAAAAGAGUAUAUGAAUUUUAUUAAGUAAA